AUGAUGGCCACCUUUGCACCGAUCUUGGUUGAGUUGAAUCCGGAUGCGCUGCAUGCAGGUCGCGCUAUCCUUGACCUUGUUAUACUGGCGAGAUAUCGUUCUCAUGAUGAUGAUACUAUCCGAUAUCUACUCGCGGCCCUGGCCCGGAUUGACCUGCUGAAAGAGGUUUUUCGAGCAUACAGACCUCUGGACAAAACGACGGGUAAAGGUCACUUUAACUUCCCAAAGUUUCAUAGCAUCAGUCACUUGCCCGAAAUGAUACAAUCAUUCGGCCCACCCGAUGGAUUGACCACUCAAACGGGGGAAAAGGCGCAUGUUGAAUUCUUCAAAAAGUAUUACGGACUAACGAAUAAGCAUGAUAACUAUAUUGAACAGAUCAUGCGUCACGAUGUCGCACAUCAGAAGAUGAUCACGAUGCGUGAUCUCGUCAAGUACCAAGAUACAAAAGUGUUGCCACCUGCAAUUGAGAGAUCACAGGAGGAAGAGAAGAAGACCGAGGCGGGAACUCCUUUAGAUCUUCAUGCCUGGGGUUGGCAGGCGGACGACGAGGAGCGUGAUAUCAUGAGGCAGAUCUAUCAUUGUGAUAGUCGUUAUUGGCGACCAGCAGGGGCCGUUGCUGAAUGGUUGGAGUUGGACACUUUCCUCGAAGCUCUGGCCGCCUUUAUUCGAACAGAUCGAACGAAAUCGAGGGAACAUCAUCUAUCCAAGGGAGACAAUAACAUCGACACACGUGAGGCGGACUGUGGAUGGGUACGUCGAUAUCCGGUCCGCAUCCAUUCCAAUGUUCGAUGUUGGAAGGCUCUCGGGGAGGAUUCUCUGGACAUAGCUCGCCUGUCCAAAGACGUCGUCGUCUGCAGACCCAUCGGUCAACCCUUUCGAAAAAGGUGGCGCAGGGACUGCGCUUGGGUCCACGAAUAUGACCAGCAGACCUCCGAUGCUGACGGGGUUCUUUCGGGGAAACUGGUGGGGGAAGUACUGGUCGUGGUGGAAGUGAUGGACCUAGCCCGCAGAGAUUUCAGACAAAGACCGACUCACCUGCAGGGUGUUUUCAUGGAGAUAUUUAAGUAUCGACACAAUGGACAAGUUCAGGAAUGUCAUGGCAUGGUGGAAGUAGAAAGGGCGCAGCCAUCAACAGCGCGGAAUCCAAGAACCCUCGGAAAACGACGAUUCUAUAGCCUCGCAAGCAUCGAGAGAAGUGCACAUGUCGUGCCCGCGUCGGUGAAAGGCAAGGAAUUUUAUUACAUCAACAGCUUUAUCGACUUUGAUCAAUACAAUAGUAUCUACGAUCCGGACUUCCUAAACAAGAGCUACAGAGCAGCAAAGGAGAUCAAUACACGCUACACUACAAGACAAUAG